AUGGCCGCCGCCGCCGGUACACGCUGCCGAGACCCCACCGCCGACCCCACGUCCCAGUUUUUCAUCGACGCCGCCCAUCCGUACGCAGUCGCUGCAGCCGCCGCGCUCACCUCCCACCGCACCAAGUCCAAGUGGUCCCACCUCUCUUCGGUCCCCGUCCCCUCCCCACUCCCGGCCUCCGCCGCCGCCGCCGUGCUUCUCCUCCUCCGACACCGACCGCACACCGCGCUCCGCUUCCACGCCUUCGCCCUCCGCCGCCUCCUUCCCUCCCGCUCCCCUCCCCCUCUCGUCUUCUCCGCCUCCGCAGCCCACGUCGCGGCGGCCUCCCGCCUCCGGGGCGCCUCCCUCGUCGUCCUCGCCUCCGCCUCCCGCCACUACUCACCGGCCCAGAUCUUCAACGCCCUUGCCGCCACCUACCGCCGCUUUGCCUCCGCCCCAUUCGUCUUCGACCUCCUCCUCCUUGCCUACCUCCGCUCCCGCCGCGACGCCCUCGCCGCGGCCUCCGUCGCCCGCCGCAUCCUCGCUGCCGGCGCCCGGCCGCUCCCCUCCACCACGGCGGCUCUUCUUCGCUCCCUCCCUUCCGCCACCGCGGCCCUCGACAUGUAUCAUCAAAUCUACACGCAUCCAAGUCCACGGAGCAAUCACCUCCUACUGCCGACCGUUCACACCUUCAAUUCCCUCCUCCUUGCUUUCCACCGCGAAGGCAAGUGUGAUGGAUUCAAGAUUGUGCUCCAGGAAAUGGGCAAAUAUUCCUGCAAGCACAACGUGUGCACCUACAGCAUCAUGAUGGCUGAGUACUGCAAUGGCGGACAUGUGGAGACGGCACAAGCACUGUGGGAUGAGAUGAUUCAGGAAGGGAUCCAGCCUGAUGUAACUGCGUACAACACAAUGAUUAGUGGAUAUUGCCAUUCUGGGGAGGUAGGGAUGGCAGAGGAGAUGUUUAAAAAUAUGUUGAUGGGCAGGAUUGAUCCAACUGCCACAACGUUCGAAUGGUUGGUUAGAGGGCAUUGUAUGGCACGGGAUGAUGAGGCAGCAAUGCUUGUGCGUGCAGACAUGAAAAGGAGGGGGUUUGGGUUGGCGCCAGAGACUAUUGAGGAAUUGUUGGAUGUAUUAUGUCAAAAUGGGAGGGUUGAGGAUGGCUUGGGUGUUUUGCGAGAGGAGAUGAAGAGGGAAGAGUUUGUGCCAACUCGGAGGAGUUAUGAGGUGUUGAUUAGGGGGUUUUGUGAUGAAGGGGAGGUGGAGGUGGCAAUCAAACUCCAAGCAGAGAUGGCUGGAAAGGGAUUCAAUGCUGGCAGCGAGGUGUACCAUGCAUUUAUUAGUGCCUAUGAGAAGUCUGAAAACUAUGAGAUGGUGGAGAAGUUGAGGAAGGAAAUGGCGGUAAUGGGCACUUAG